GCAGCAGCACAAGCAGAAGCCCCUAUAAUUCCAGAAUCUGGCCGUAUGCUGAGCUAGUCUGUGCAUGACUAGGUGGCUUGUAGCUUUUCUUCAUACCCUUUCUGCUUUGUUUCACUUGGGUACUUGCUUUUUUCUGGAGUUGCCGCGGUGAAAUUCGUGCAGCAUUCUGUUAUUCCAGUGAAUUUUAGUGGAGUUUCGGGUGAGGGUGGUUUGGUUGUUAAGCGCGUUGCGUUGCGUUGCGUUUAUUUUUAUUUAUUUAUUUAUUUUUCCUUGGUUUAGAGGCAUGCCUACCACAUCGCUGUGCUAUUGUAUGAACCCGAGUGUGUUUUGGGAGUUUUCGUUGUUCUUGUCCUGUCUUUGCAAGGUUUGGAUUGUGGGUUCUUGGUUGUUGGGUUUGAAAGAUGACGCUCAAAGAAGGAUCGUCUAUACUCGCGAGUCUUGGUGCGGUGUUGAAUUUUCACUUCUCGCUGCAUCGUAGCAGUCACACCGUGAGUGCUUCGGCGGAGCAAUGCCCUGUGUUGCAUGAAUUUGAAACCCGGUUGAAGGAGCGCUUGGACGCGUUAAAGCCUGCUGGUGAGGAGAAGGGCUUCUUGAGCGUCGAUUGGUUGCUCCAAGCUAUGUCCAUUGUGCUCGCCACCCACGCCAACGUUGAGGUCCUCAUUCCCGAGUCGCAAUUGUCUUUAUCUCUUUCCCGGGACGACAAGUGGGUGGACGAAUAUCUCGAUGAUAGCGCGAAGUUACUGGAUGUUUGCAAUGUUUUGAAGGAGGGGAUCUCCGAGGUGGAGCAUUACCAAAUGUUGGUGCAGCUUGCUUUGCACACGCUUGAUAACAAGGAAAUUUACGGCGAGUUGAAGCAUUCGCGAGCGCGAAACGCUUUGGCUGAGUGCAAGGAAGCCAUUGUGAGGAAGGAUACUGAGUACAGGCAAGGAUUCCCAAAAUCGAAGUUGGAAAAUUGCAGCUCUAUGUUGAGAACCAUCGGAGAGAAACUCGUGAAUCCUAAGGGGCAAGAAGCCUAUAAGGGUAACGGCUUUCUGAAUGCGAUAUAUGGAGCGAAAGUGACAACAAUUUUCUUGUGUGGAUUGCUCGUCACGGCCCUUGCGUGUAAACCGAAGCGGCCUUUGGCAACUUUGAGUGUGGCAAGCCACUACAAGUGGUCACCUUCCUUAAUCUCCUUGCAGCAGCGGGUGAAGGAGGAGACGGACAAAAGGAAAAACAAGGGAUCGAUUGCGUUGCUGCGCGAGCUCGACAAUGUGGACGCUUCGGUGCGGCGUUUGCAUGAUGUUUUGGAUCAACACUUGAGCGAGAGAGCCUUCCCAUUAUCGCGAAAACAAGCGCGGGAACUGGCUCAAGCGGUUGAAGCUUUGCGAAUUCAUUCGUCAGACCUUGAACAGGGAUUGACGCCAUUGGAAGCUCAGGUGAAUGAGCUUUUUAGAGUGCUGAUUGCCAGUCGACUGGCCUUACUCGACAUCAUCAGCAGCGCAAGGGCUUAAGAGGACAGUAUAUGGAAUUCACGCUUCCAUAUGCAGCGAACACACGGCCAUUCGCAAUCCCAAGCCCACGUAAGAAGUUGAAGUCUCAAUAUAGCUGGUUGUGGUGCGAUUUUUGGAAGGUGUCGGAAUGAAGGUAUCUGUGUUCCCUGUGCGAUUGUGGAAGUAGUGAUGUAAAUAUUGGAGCCCUAUGUCCAUAAGAGUAAAUAUAGAUGACAUUUCUGUCAAGCAGGUCGAAACACGAGCACCAGAAGAACGUAGCCUUGUUUGUGGGUGAUUUCCUGCAGGAGACUCACGACUAAGGAUAUUUUGUGUCCUGAGACCCUAGAAACUAGCAUAUACUUUUUUUUUUAUUUUUUAUUUUUUAUACCAGACACAAGUGGUAGAAUUUCACCAAGGAUUGCAAGUUCACAGAAUCCGCAUAUUAGGGUUUACGUGAGCAUGAAUUGGCUAUGUACAUAGUACUGGCUACAGGAUCUGCCACUCAGUAUUAUGAUGUAAAACCUCUUAUGACACUCCACAAUCUUGGAACCGAUCA